ACAACUGCCAACUACAGCUGUGUGGUAAGAUCGCGAAGAACCUUUAAACACAUAGUUAGAGAUGCGAUGAGAAAUAGAUAGAAGUAAAGCUUUUGCCGCGAAGAAGUAUAUGAUGUCUCAGUCUUUGGAGAAAUAAUACAAACGAUAAUUAUGGUGCCACUAAUUAAUCGGAAUUAAUGAUUGGAAUUGUUCAUAAACGAAGAAGCUGAAUCAAGCAAUCGAAAUGGAUAGAACAUCGACAGGAGUUAAUCACAGUGGUUCUGCUGUUUCCAAUCGGGGAAGGUAUGUGUCGGGGUACACAAGUUUAAGCUCACAGCCCUCAUCAAAUUUAACAGAGAAUCCACUAAGUCCGGCGUGGCAAAGGACUCUCGCGAUUACUACCACAGCUCAAAGCAUGUCACGUAAUCGAACAAGCAACUCCUAUGCCAAGAAAAAAACGCACCAUUCAAGUACGCUUCGACCACAAAGGGCGCUUUUUUGUCUUACAUUAGACAAUCCUGUACGACGGAUGUGCAUACGCUUUGUAGAAUGGAAACCAUUUGAAGUAAUUAUCUUGUUUACGAUAUUUGCGAAUUGCGUUGCUCUUGCUGUGUACACCCCGUUUCCAGAACAGGAUUCUAAUGACAUUAAUAAUAACUUGGUAAGUUGAAAACAUGAGAUAUGACAUCAUUAUAUAUUUUUCCAAGAAUUUUGUUCCUCAUGUAGGUGAUGGGAAUAUUUCUUAUUCUUAUUCUUAUUCUUAUUCUUUAUUCGCCAAAAACAAAAAGUACAGUACAAUGGUGGAAUACAUAAAGAAAACAACACAAUAAAUUGAAUGAGUUGGCAGGAACACAAAAGCGAACUCAAUCACUAUAACACAAAGUCUGUGAACCUCACUCAUCCAGUUUAACAUAAAUACAAUAUUAUAAAUAAAAAGGUCAGUUAUAAUAAAAAAAAACAAACCAAAAUUAACAAAAUACUGAAAGCAAAUAUCUAAGUAAGUGGAAUACAAAAAUAGAUAUAACAAAAUAUGUAAUCAUUGAUCAGAAUUCAUUUUAACUUUAAAGAAAUUAAAUGCAAAAAAAAA